ACCAGACGUGUAAGGGACGCGUCCUUAUCCGCAAACGCGAGUUCAUCGUUUCAAUAUUGACGAACUAGUUAUUUGUGUUUACAAACUGUUUAUCGUUUAUUCAGUUCUUAGUUAUUUUAGAAACAGUUAUCAUAGUUAUUCGUUGUUUUUUUAACUAUCUACGAUACGAGUGCAGUGCAGUGCGUUGUGAUGCGCGGACGCCCGCCACGCUGGCGCUGGGUGGUGGCGGGCGGCGCUGCGCUGCUUGCUGUGGCUGGUUUCGCUGCUGCGGUCGCCUGGAAGCACUUAUUCGAUUCCAUGUUGGCAUCGCAACUCGCGUUAGUUCCGAACACGCGGUCAUUCAACAGCUGGGUGGAGCCCGAUGUACCGUUGUAUUUUGAAGUGUUUCUGUACAACUGGACUAAUGCGGACAUGUUCCCAUCGGAGAAACCCAAUUUGGAGCAAUUGGGUCCCUACCGAUUUCUUGAGAAGCGCAAACAUGUCAACGUGAGUUGGCAUCAAAAUAACGCCACCCUCGGGUACAGGAUCCAGCACAGCUGGCACUUCGACGACGCCAGUAACGGGACGCUGGAGGACAGUGUUACUACCCUCAACGCUGUUGCAGCGUCAGCUGUGUAUCGGUCGAGAUUUUGGGGUUUCCUGCAACAAAAAGGUCUUUCAAUGGGUUUAGCUGUUUUUGGACAACAGAUAUCGGUAUCAAAGACUGCUGGCGAGUUACUGUUCGAUGGGUAUGAAGAUUCUUUGCUGGAUUUCGCGAAGACAUUACCUCCGAGCGCAACGGACGGGGCGCCCCAGGUGGAUAGAUUUGGUUGGUUCUUUGAGAGGAAUAACUCCCUAAACUCUGAUGGGUACAUGGAGGUGACAACCGGCGAGAGAGGCGGCACCCUGCCCGGACAGAUUGUGAAAUGGAAUCACAAUUAUCGGUUGCCGUACUACAGUGGCAGUUGUGCAGAGCUGUCAGGCACUGCGGGUGAGUUUAUGCCCCGAAAUCUGACAGAAGAAUCCGAGAUACUGUUGUUCUCUCCGGACCUGUGCCGGACCGUGGUGAUGGACUACAUGGAGAGCUCUGUUUAUGAAGGUCUACAGUAUCACAAAUAUGGAAUAUCUCCCAGGAGUUUCGAUAAUUCAUCAUUUUCAUCGGCGAACACAUGCUUCUGCAACGGUGCAUGCGAGUGGAGUGGUAUCAUGAACGUCUCAGCCUGCCGCUACGGGUCUCCGGCGUUUAUCUCCUUGCCGCACUUCUUAUACGGAGACCCCCGGCUCAGGGACCUGGUCACUGGCAUGGAACCAGACCCUGAUAAGCAUUCGUUCUAUUUUGCUGUUGAACCCAGACUGGGUAUUCCGCUAGAUGUGGCGGCUAGAUUUCAACUGAACAUGUAUAUAGAAUCAAACCCGUACAUAGCUCUCUAUGAACACGUGCCCAAAAUGCUUUUCCCCAUUUUAUGGGUACAGCAAAGGGUACUGGUUGACGACACCGUUGUCACCGAACUUCUAGUGGUGCGAAGAAUAUUGGAAUGGGGCGGCACGGUGUGUUCAGGCAUAGCGCUAACAUUUGCGAUCAUAGCGACCGUUGCCACGUGCUACAAUAAAAAAAGCAAAUACAAAAAGAAGUGCGAGUUAUUAAAAACCCGCGAAAAACUAAAAGACGAUGCUGAAUUAAAACUGAACUCGAUGUGAGAUUAUUAUUUUUAAGACACACAACCACCGUAUUUAGGUUACAUUGGUUUAAAAUAAGAAACGAAUUAUAUAAUGUAUUUUCUUUAUAAUCUCUAUUUGUAAGUAAAUAGUUUAGUUAGUUAUAAAAUUUUGCGUUUAGUACAAAUUAUUAAUAUGGUUAAACGGGUAUUAACAAGAUGGGGUUUUUCAAGAAGGGUA